GAAACUUUUCUUUUCUUUGAUGGUUCCUCGUUUCCGCCAGCUGCAGUGUGUUUACCUCCUCCCCCUGAGAUAGACCUCGACUGCUGUUCUGUCAUUCGAGAUCCAGAAUUAAACAGAAAACGGGAUGUUACCGACUCGAAGCCCCAACCGAAGAAAACCGACGCCCAUGCCUAACCUCACUAUCUGUCAGCUGCUCCUAACGGCUCUCCUGCUAGCGGUGCUGGGGUGUGGCGGAGGCGCAGACGGGCAGGUGCUCUUCAGGGGACGGUGCCCGAAAAUCCCACCUAUGAGAGGGUUCGAUCCUAAAAGGUUCCUAGGGCGCUGGUACGAAAUUGAACGCUUCUUUGUGUCCUAUGAGGGUCUGGCUGGCAGCUGCUGGGUCGAGAACUACCUCUACGACAAACAGAAGGGCUUUUUCACUCGUUUGGACUGGAAAGACCACUUGACAGGAAGGAUCUUCAACAUAGAAAAUGGAUUAACAUUUGAUGAAUAUGAGCCAGCAGUUAUUCAUUAUGUUGUUCAACGGCCAAGCAUUCCAAUUUUACAAGGAGAGUACCGCAUCUUAGCCACUGAUUACUACAGCUAUGCUUUAGCAUGGCAGUGCGAUGAACUGCCUCUUGGAACUGCACACACUCAGAUCCUGUGGUUCCUCUCCAAGAUCCAACACCCUACCUAUGAGACAGCCAAAAAAGCAAAAUACAUUGCCCAUUCCAUUGGACUGGAUACCUCUUUAUUACAGAAACAAGAUAGGAAGGAUUGUCCACCAUAAAGGAGGGCAUGGGGAGUAGAAGAGAAAAGAAAAUGUGAGAGAUACUGAUAAAGAAAGAGGAGAUGAUGAAAGAUGAUGAGGGGAAAGGAUGGAAGGGAAAAAGAGAGCCAAUGGAAAUAUCAAAAGAAAAUAUAAUUAUUCAUAUUUAUGAAAAUCUUUGUUCUACAAAGCUAACCCCAAUGACAAAGAUGGUACACAUAGCUAUUUACACAUCAGUGUUAUUAUUUAGUUAUCAAUUUAUAUUGUACAUUUUCUUGUUAUUUCAUUUGUAAUAGAUUGAAAAGUAAUGUCAGAAGAAUAUUUAAACACUGGAAUUUUCUGACCCUGAAAUCAAAGACUCAGGGAAAAUUCAUGUAAAAAUCAUAUCUGUACUAAUAGAUCAACCCUACUGUUAUGCAAAUGAUCUUGUUGAACAUUUUGUUGGUGUUAAUAAUA